AUGAGUCCUGAGUUGGGGCCGCGUUCUUUCAGCCUGCCGGCAUUAACAACGGAGCCGUUGCCGCCUCGUGAAGUAUUACGCCGAUCAAGCGCACGCGAGGCGAACGUGUUACGGUCAGACGAAUCGUCGCAGACGGAGCCAGUGGUAGUUGAAACGAUCUCGCAGCCUUCACAUAUUUACAAAUCGCAACCCGUCGUAGCGACUUCGGCUGUUGCGGCCGACAGCAACCUUGAGGACGCAGAACCACCGGCAGUUGCUACCACAUCAACGACGGAUAUCAUCACAGCCACCACUGAGCCCCAUGUGUACGUGCCGCUUGCCCAUAUAAAGCAUUCUCAACAAAAUAUCAGCAUCUACGUGGUGGCUGUGGAGAUGAUUCGCUCCAAUUUGCGAAGCGUUCGAACACAGGCCGACUUCUUGAACUACCGUGCCAUCGACCCAUCUGUGUACGGCACGCAUGAGGACCAGUGCAUUGAUUACUCGGUUCAAAUCCUGCUUCCGAACGCUUCCAAGCACUUCCAUGUGAAUUACGGUGAUAUAAUUCGUCUGAGGCGGGUGAACGCGGAGUUUGUUACAGACAAAACCGGCAAGAAGCAUGUAAACAUCAUAAUGGGCCUGAAGAAUUUCCCUUCCAUGCGAAUAUGGCCUAAUGAAGCGUGUAGGGUUAAUACAGAGCGACAGGAUCCAGCUGCAAGCGAGCCCGUUGAAGAAGAGUGCGACCGCAAAAGACGUCGUACCGAUGAUCUGAAGAAGCUCGAAUCGGAGGCUCUCGUCGUAUAUAGCGGUACCCAGACUCGAGUAGACGAUGUGGACUUGGAGAUGAUCACUAAGUUGCGCACUUGGGUUCGGGACACAUUGGAUGCCAGGGAGCUCAUUACCAAUCCCGAAUUCGCACGCACAAUAGCCGAUGCAGGUCCAUGCGGAAAUGACUUCGUCGUGUGCGUGCUCGAAGUUUCUCCAGAACCCGACGUGAAUCUGGUGGUGAGCGACGCAUCGUCGAUUGCCCUGGUGAUGGGCAUGAACGACAUUUUGGUUUCUAACUUACUCGAGUCGCACAACCGCGUACAACCCGGGGAAUGGUUAAAGCUACGUUAUGUUCAGCGGUCAGUCACGCCCUUUAAGCGCGCGGAUGGCAGCAGUCACGUGGUACUAACGGCGUCAAAAUUUUCAACUGUGACGCGUCUACCCAUUCUAAAUCUGCCAUACGUAAAGCCGAUACCGGCCACAUCCUCUCGUUCUAAGAAGUCGCGCCGCGCAACACGCAUGAAAAUGUGGAAUGAGGCAUCUGGGCUUAAUCGCCAAUUCCCGCUUCGCCUGCGCAAUACCACGGGUUAUGUGAACCGUCUGUUGCAAUUCACAUGCAUGGAAGACGGUGAAUUCGAGAAAGUAACCCGCGUCUCCGAUGUGGAAGUUGAGGAGGGGGAGAUUCAGCCCACUGUUCCCUCUCAGUAG